UGUGUGUUAAUAAUAAAGCGCCAGGUCCUGCCUUUCCCCGCUUUAUGAGUCAGAUUAUGUUUUCCCGGCAGACGACAGCCAGGGUAUAGCCAUUCUGGGGCCAACUUUACAAGAACUAUCAUUGUUUCUACAUCUAACCCGAAAUGUGUGGUCAGAGAAGAAACGCGUAUAAAACAGCACUUCGGCUGACGAGUCAACUUCUGUGGGUGGUUGGGACAGUGGUGGGUCUGAGUGCUGUCUACCUGCUGAUGAAGUACAGACAGAACAGUCUGUUUUUCGCUCAGACUUACUUCGCCCUGCCAGCGUUUUUUGCGCUUUGCAGCGCCGCAUUCCUCUUGGCAACUGGAUUCCUUGGUUUCCGGAUAAGUCUUGGGGAGUCCCGCUGUCUGCAAGGACUGUUUGUUUACAUGCUGGUUGUGGCCUUUUGUCUGGAAAGUACGGCCUCGGCGUUGGCCUUUUACCACUCUAAAAAGUUGGAUUCUGACAUCGCUCCGCUCAGUGACGUUUUUCAGGAGUAUACAGGGAGCAGUCAGGACGCCAGCUCGCGAGCUGUUGAUGUCACACAAGAGGAGUUCCAGUGUUGUGGUGUACGUAACUACACAGACUGGAUGGAAACCUCCUGGUUCAAUCGAACAGGAGAACUCUUGGUUCCUCGCAGCUGCUGCAACACUACGUCUUUCCCUUCAUGCAACGGCACUGUGGACCAGCCGUGGCAGUUCUACCCGGAGGGCUGUCACAUGAAGCUGGAAAGGACCUUAAAAUUCAUCUUGAGUUUUAUAAUCUGGAGCUCCUUGGGGUUUUUUCUGAUGGAGGUUGUUUUGCUUCUGAUGGUGGCAAAACUGAUGAGAGACAAAGACUUUCUGGAGUACCACAUCAUGGACUAUAAAUGAAGACACUUUGAAAAAUGAAAGAGCGUAAAUACUACACUUAAAAGCAGGUCAUAUUGUACCCUGCAAUUCACACAGCUGCGGAUUAAUAAAGUUCUUCUGCAACAUGAAAGAUGUAACAUAACAAUGGUUGAAAGAUAUCAGGGAAAUUACAUUAUUAACCUCCUAAGACCUAGUGCAAUUGUUUUGUUUUUUUAUUGUUUUUAAGGCCCCUAAUAAGAAAUUAAACAUUAUGACGUUGACAACAUAACAUGAGGUCCACAUAUGUGUACGCCAGGUUUAAGGAGUCUAUGAGAUCAUUUUACCCCGAGGAGAUGCUCAUUUGUCCUUUUAAGUGUACUGUAGAAGAACUAUAUGUAUGUGUUUAGAAGCUCUUCAGUCUAGUCUGGCUACUGACUGGUGUUAUAAAGACAUAAUUUGUUAGAUUGUUAGAUUAAAAUUAUGUCUGUGGGAUGAGGAUGUAAGCCUAAAAAGAAAACAAAACAAAAAAGUCCAAGUGGGGUUCCACAGACAUCUCAGUCGGUAUAAAAUGGUUUGUGUUUGGCUGUGAGGUUGCACUGUUUUUUAGCUCCCUGUUGAUUAUUUGUUGAAUGCAUUUUUCCAGUUUUUAUGUAAUGUGUUUUUUAAUUUGUGUGGAACUGUCAGAUACAAAUUUUACUUUUCAUCAGUGUGCAAUAAACUAAACAAAGGGUAAACUUUC